UUGUCCAGAGAGAAAGUCAGCAGCACUUUUACCCUUUCGCUAAAAUCUCUCACAUACCUGGACAAGAAAUAAUCACAUGAAUGAUUUUAAAGGACCUUUUUUAACAGUUUCUAUUCACAUCUGAGCUCCUGAUUCAACGCUGAGGUCUAUAUGUCAUGUUAAAGGAGCAAAGACAAAGAGGAAGCUGCAAGCAAAAUCACUUUUGACCGUCUGACAAAGGAAUUAAAACCAACCAUGGCGAACAAGCUGGAAACGCUCGACCCAUCAACUCUAUCAGACGCCACCUCUACCGUCACCUACGACCCCAAAUCUCAGACAGUGACCUUACCAGAAGGGGUCGUCUCUGUGGCGGGCAUCACUGUGAUGACCGGGGGUGUCGAGCUGUCCUGUGGGUCCUGCAUGCUGGCCUUUGGUUUUUGGGGAACUCUAAUCGGCUUCAGUUGUGUAGCUGUGGGGCUGUGGGACCAACUGAACCAGUCUAAGGGAGGAACCUCUCACUUACUGGCACUGGGACUUGUGAUUCUGGGCCUCAGUUUUGCUGUGGUGGGAAGUGUGGUGGCGUUUUACCUCCUGACGAGGAAGAAGAGAGAGAUGAAAAGAGGGGAGAGAGAAGACGGGAAAGAAGUUCUUGUAGAGAGUGGGAGGGUGAUUAAAAAAGUCACAGUUUGAAGAAGAAUUAUUGACAAGUCUGCACAAAACUCUGAACGGACUGUUCUGCAAAUAUCAUACCAGACAGAAAAUGCGUUCUGCUCUUCACUCAUGAUGGAUACUGAUGAAUACUUUAUUUUUGAUACCUUAAAGGACUAGUUUGUAGGAUUUAGUGGCAUCUGGUGGUGAGAUUGUAGAUUGCAACCAACUGAAUACCCCUCAACCCCCCCCCCCUUUCAAGCUUGUAGAACCUACUGAAGCCUCAAUAUAAAAACGUGAAGUUCGUAAAAACUCUUUUGACAAGAACAUUUCACUCAAAAAACCUGUUUUAUUAAUAAUAUUCAAAAAUUUAAAUUCCUCUAAAAAACAAUAUAUAACUAAUUUAAUGUAAUCAAUUUACUCAUUAUCUUAGCUGAAUAUUAUAUUCAUAGAACAAAAUACUUUUAAAAAAUUGCCCCCAUGUGCUUCUUUCAAGAAUUCUAUCUAAUCUAGAAAAAUAUCAUAUCAUAACAAUGUCAAAUUUUAAAAUAUGUAAUAAAAAACUGACCAAAAUGAAUGAUUUAUGCAUAUCCUACAACUUUACGACCGAUUUGGUAAACCCCUGUGUGUAUGCACAUACUCGUGUCUUUUUUAUUUUUCUCAUUUUGUUUGGUUUUGUAUGAUUACAUUUAUACCUGGAGAUUGUGUGUACUUGUUACAUUAUUUUCAUGUAUGGUUUAUGAUCAUUGUUUUCCACUUUAUGUGCAAACUGAAUGUGUUAACCACUGGGUGUAUUGUAUGGGAACUUAAUACAAAGUUCAAACGAUGAAUAAAUGAGUAAAACUACCACUAAUAAUAAGAAUAAAAACAUUUAAAAACUUUGCUGCAAUGUUGACAGUCUUGGAGAGCUUGUUUUUGCUCUUCACUGAACUGUUAAUGUGCCAGUAACGGUUGCUACUUGUACUUCAACUAAAAAUACAUUUUUAAGCAGCUAUAUAGGUAUUAUGUUGUACGUAAGCUGACCCUUUAAUGUAAAUAAUUGUUGGGGUGAAUAUAAAAAUGUAGAGACUAUAUUGUCAUGCUUUUUAAUACACUGCAGACAAGGAGAUGUGAAUAAGCAAGGCUUUGUUAUUUUAAAGGAUAUUAAUGCAGGUCAACAGAACAGAAACCAACAACUUCAUCAGAAAUCAAAGAGGGGCAGAAAGAAGAAGAGGACUGAGAGGGGGUUAAUGUGUUAGUACCUCCAUCUGCUGGAAUUAAAAUGAACUGUACUUCAUCCACAGACAUUCCUCACUGUGAUUUACUGUACAUGUUGUUUCCUUCUGUCCCUCACUGUGUGAAAUUAUAAAUCAACCUUUGUUCAA